AAGUUUUAUUGCAGAAUUCAAAGGAAGGUAGGAGGAGUCAUCAGGUGAAGUAGAAAUAGAAUCAAGGAUAACAUUUGGAGCAGGAUGAAGUUUGGACACACAGGACUCAACAUCGCGCUGAAAGAUGGUGAAGCAUGAAACAAGACGGUGUGAGUGCGGAGAGGAUUAAACACUGGAGCACGUGACGUUAUCCCUCUUUAUAGACAGCAAAGAAAGUAAAUGAUGGACUUUUUUUAAAUACACAGAAAACAAGUGUUUUUUUUCUGUGGUAGGUGGCGGUAGUGCGCAAACUGUCGAACGCAAACCGCCGGUGACAACAACACGAAGAAAAAAUCAAUUAAAAAAAAAAUCUUCCUCCGUCACCACCAGGUGACGUGGAGCGAGGCCCCGCCCACCCAGUCACACCUGUCCUGGAGCAGGAAGCGAACCGUGUUUAGCGUCUCACUGUAGAAGAUAAAGAAGUAGGAGUUAAGGACUGAAACACCUUUGUUCUGUGGAAGCUUUGUGAUCACUGAGCAGCAGAAAGGAGGAGUCCAGGUUUGUCGCUCCUCCUGUUUUGCAGGUUUGCCCUGUGUGGAUGUGAGCGGAGGCUUCUUUCCCCAUGCCUGCUCCUCCUACGCGCCAGCUGCUGCUCCUGCUCCUCGCAGGCUGCUCCGGCGGCGCUCAGAACCAGUCGCACGCGGACGCGGCCCCGCCGGCGUGGGCGGACGGCGUCCCCUCCAGCAGGGAGGUGGUGCUGAGGGAGGGCAGCAGCGCGCUGAUCCCGUGCAAUGUGACCGGAAGCCGCCGCGACGUCCAGUGGUACCACCCGAAAGGACGUCUGCUGGGUGCAGGUGGGAAGUGGCAGAUCCAGGACAACGGCGACCUGAACAUCACGGCCGUCUCCUUCGAGGACCGCGGCCGCUACGCCUGCGUGGCCUCCGGCGGGCGCUACGCCGUCAGCGUGCGCGUGGCCUACGCCCACAGCGGCCUGGGCCUGUACUACGUCAUCAUCUGCCUCGUGGCCUUCGCCAUCACCAUGGUCCUGAACGUGGCGCGCGUCUGCAUGGUCAGCAGCCACCUGAAGAAGACGGAGCGAGCCAUCAACGACUUCUUCCGCACGGAAGGCGCCGAGAAGCUGCAGAAGGCCUUGGAGGUGGCCAAGCGCAUCCCCAUCGUCACGUCGGCCAGAACGCUGGAGCUCGCCAAGGUCACGCACUUCAAGACCAGGGAGUUCGCGCGUCACAUGGAGGAGCUGGGCCGCAGCGUCCCGCUGCCGCCCCUCAUCCUCAACUGCCGCGCGUCCGUGGAGGAAGCGGUGGAGACGGGGAGCCUGGUGCCCGACGCCGCAGAGCCACCCCACGGCCCCCCACGGCCCCAGGGAGCGGAGGGGCCCGAGGCGGAGCGGGUCGGCGCGGCCCGAGACGCGGCAGAGCCAGCUCGCGUGACCUACGAGAGCCACGCGUAGCUCAUCACAGCCUGACAGAGGUCCGAGGUCCAGGCAGGAAAACAUUCAGUUCAUAUUAAACCAAGUCAUGCAGACAGAAGAAUCAGAAACUGCUCUGUCCGUUUCCACUGGCUCUUCCUCAUUUAGAGAACUAUAUCAGAACUAUCACAACUAUAUCAGACGGACCUUCACAUCACUCACCUCUGUUUUCAAGCAGACAUUGAAUUCAACUUUCCUGUAUCACAUUCAUGAAUUUUGGAGCCGACUCCAGUUUGUUUUGUUUUGAGAGAGUUCACAUUUAAAGCAUCAAGUAUCCACUUGACUAAAACUUGA